UUCUUGAGGUCAUGGAACCCUUUAUAUCUUGACUAUGGCAAUGAAUGCCUUGAUAAAAUUGAAUAAAACAAAACAUGCAUACAAAUAAGUAAUAAGUAAUGAUAACAUUUAUAAGUAGUCAGUAAUGUAAAACUUAGGACAACUGAAUAAGAUGGGUAGAUUGUGUCAGUGUGGAUUCCUGGCUGUCAUAUACAGCAGUUUUCCAGCUGUUAUCCUUGGAACAAACUGGGUAAGAUGUACUGGGAUCUCCCUGUGCUGUGACAACUGCAUGAGAACCUGCAAUGAUCUCAAGAGAAACAUUUUAAUUAAUUAAUUUGAAAAGCAUAAUAAGGUAUUCAAAACAAAAAUCAGAACCAAACCAAGCAAAGGGCAACCCAGGUCAGUCAGCUUGUUUCUUGCCAAGCCUUGGGAUUGGCUUAUUUAUGUCUGAGGUCACACCCACUCAGACCCCGGAACCUCUGUCCUAAGAACACUAGCAAGCCAGCCCCUUCCCCAUUCUGCCUGUUUACCUCCAGUCUCGGAGCUGGGAGAGAAUGGAAGAAUAACCGGACUCACCCGGAGCUCCUGAGGGUCCAGGCUAAUCCGAGGCCUAGUCUUUAGCGUCCAGAGGAAGGGCGGUCCAGAGGAAGGGUGGUUGGGAAGGUCAGAGGAAGCAGGGAGCCCAGGAGAUUAACAAUGGCUUCCUGAAGCCCAGGGCCAUCCUGCUCCUCGCUGAGACCUGCACCAGUCUUUCCUGCCACCCAGUGACUGGCAUCAGCCUUGCCUGCUGGUUCACAGAUGUGCCGUGUUGACAUUUCCUGCCCUUCCUCCUCCAAGCUCGCUUUUCUUUGCUAUUAGGCCCCACCAUGAGGCCCCAGCCCCACGGGAGCCCCCACGCUCCCCUAGAUCCCAGCGCGCUGUGCUAGCCCCGAGCUGGGGCCUGGGGAGGCGCCGCAGCCAUGGCCAGCCAUGUGGACCUGCUGACGGAGCUGCAGCUCCUGGAGAAGGUGCCCACGCUGGAGCGGCUGCGGGCCGCCCAGAAGCGCCGGGCCCAGCAGCUGAAGAAGUGGGCGCAGUACGAGCAGGACUUGCAGCACCGCAAGCGCAAGCACGAGCGGAAGCGCAGCACGGGCGGCCGCCGCAAGAAGGUGUCCUUCGAGGCGAGCGUGGCGCUGCUGGAGGCCUCGCUGAGGAACGACGCCGAGGAAGUACGCUACUUCCUGAAGAAUAAGGUCAGCCCCGAUCUGUGCAAUGAAGACGGACUCACAGCCCUGCACCAGUGCUGCAUCGACAACUUUGAGGAAAUCGUCAAGCUGCUCCUUUCCCAUGGUGCCAACGUGAACGCCAAGGACAACGAGCUGUGGACGCCCCUGCACGCCGCGGCCACCUGCGGCCACAUCAACCUGGUGAAGAUCCUCGUUCAGUAUGGAGCCGACCUGCUUGCUGUCAACUCUGAUGGGAACAUGCCCUAUGACCUGUGCGAGGAUGAGCCCACCCUGGAUGUCAUUGAGACCUGCAUGGCGUACCAGGGCAUCACCCAGGAGAAGAUCAACGAGAUGCGGGCUGCUCCUGAGCAGCAGAUGAUCGCGGACAUCCAUUGCAUGAUCGCAGCGGGCCAGGACCUCGACUGGAUAGAUGCCCAGGGUGCCACAUUGCUGCACAUCGCUGGAGCCAACGGAUACCUGCGGGCAGCUGAGCUCCUCCUGGACCAUGGAGUGCGUGUGGAUGUGAAGGACUGGGAUGGCUGGGAGCCCCUGCACGCAGCUGCCUUCUGGGGACAGAUGCAGAUGGCAGAGCUGUUGGUGUCCCAUGGGGCUAGUCUCAGUGCUAGGACAUCCAUGGAUGAGAUGCCAAUAGACCUGUGCGAGGAGGAGGAGUUCAAGGUCUUGCUGCUGGAGCUCAAGCACAAGCACGACGUGAUCAUGAAGUCCCAGCUGCGGCACAAGUCGUCCCUGAGCCGGAGGACGUCCAGCGCGGGCAGCCGUGGGAAGGUGGUGCGUCGAGCCAGCCUGUCGGACAGGACCAACCUGUACAGGAAGGAGUAUGAGGGAGAGGCCAUACUGUGGCAGCAGCGGAGCGCGGCCGAGGAGCAGCGGACCUCGACCUACAAUGGGGACGUCAGGGAGACCAGGACGGACCAAGAGAACAAGGACCCCAACCCCAGGCUGGAGAAGCCCGUGCUACUCUCUGAAUUUUCUACCAAGAUCUCCCGGGGUGAACUGGACGGGCCUAUUGAGAAUGGCCUCCGGGCUCCAGUCAGCGCCUACCAGUAUGCGCUGUCCAACGGGGAUGUCUGGAAGGUGCACGAGGUGCCCGACUACAGCCUGGCCUACGGCAGCCCUGGCGUGGCCGACGCCACCCCACCCUGGGGCGGCUACAAGGAGCAGAGCCCCCAGACGCUUCUGGAGCUGAAGCGGCAGCGGGCUGCAGCCAAGCUACUCAGCCACCCCUUCCUGAGCACCCACCUGGGCAGCAGCAUGGCCAGGACCGGGGAGAGCAGCAGUGAAGGCAAGGCCCCCUUGAUCGGAGGCAGAACUUCACCGUACAGCAGCAACGGGACCUCGGUGUAUUACACGGUCACCAGCGGAGAUCCUCCCCUCCUGAAGUUCAAGGCCCCCAUGGAGGAGAUGGAGGAGAAGGUCCACGGCUGCUGCCGCAUCUCCUAGUCUCCGGGCGGCAGAGGAGAGCAGUGCCUCGGGGAGGGAGGGAUCCGUGCCAGCCCAGCCGCCCUGGCAGGGGAGGCAUCCUAAGGUGGCUGGGGAGGCGCGGGCUCUGCUUUCCAGGGCAAUGCUGACCCCAGCCCUCACCCAGCUGCCCCUAGCAGCCCCAUUCCUCAUGGUUGUGCUUCUUGCUGCGUCGCCUGCCCUCUGAAACACAGUGGCCUCCUGACUCACCCUGCUGGCCCGUUUUGGUAGGGUGGGCUGGGGAUCUCAGUUCUGGUCUUGGUAAAGGCUUCUCGGGACCA